ACCGGAAGUAAUAAUUAACCGGAGGAGGCUAACUAGCUCUGGAGUUUGUUGUUGUUGUCGCUGCCGGCUAGAAUAGCUGGUUUUUUCAGAUUAGUUUAGGUUGACAGGUUAGUGAUGAGCUGUGCGCUGAUGAGCAGAAGAGGAAUUAACCAAUAGCAGAACCGGACAGUUCCGGUUAGAAGUGCGUUGAGGCUCAGUGGCCUCGCCCAGCAGUAGCUAGCUAGCUCCUAGCUUUCAGUCCAUUAAGUGCAGCCUGAGCCUGCUGCGCUGCUGUCAGCAAGUCGCCUAAAGAGAUGUCACUGAGGUCUGUCUGCUGAACCAUCGUGAUGGCAGGAUCCCAGUGGGAGCUUCCCCCAGAGCUAUGCUGCCGGCCUAUGGCUUUCGUAGCGCUAACCGGUCUGGAUGUGGUAUACAACGCGGUGCAUCGAGCCAUCUGGGAUGCUUUCUGUGCCAACCGGCGUGCUGACAGAGUCCCCAUCUCUUUCAAGGUUCUCCCAGGAGAUCAUGAGUAUCCCAAAUGCCGCACUAAGCGAACGUCGUAUGAGUGGUACAUCCCAAAAGGCAUCGUGAAGACCGGCUGGAUGAACAAACACCUGAACCUGGUCCCUGCCCUUGUGGUUCUGUUCUACGAGCUGGACUGGGACGACCCGCAGUGGAAGGAGAAGCAGUCGGAAUGCGCGACUAAAGUGGAAAUUGUCAGGACCAGUCUGCAGGGCAGAAACACCAAAGUGGCGGUGGUUUUAAUCCAAAAGAAAACUCCUCUGCCUCCAGGAGAGGACCUGGUGGCGUCAGAGAGAGCCUCAGCUCUGUGUAGCUCCUGCGACCUGUCUGGGAAGAGCCUGUUUGUCCUGCCUCACACCGACCACCUGGUGGGCUACAUCAUAAGGUUGGAAAAUGCCUUCUAUGAGCACGCUCAGACCUACUACUACACAGAGAUCCGUCGGGUCAAAUCCCAUAAGGAGUUCCUCAACAAGACCACCCACCAGCUGCUGUUUGUUAGACAUCAGUUUAAAAUGGCUUUCCUCAGUGAACUGAAGCAGGACACCCAGAACGCUCUCAAGUACUACAGAGCUGCUUACAGCCUGGUGCAUGAGCUCAGAGCGCAUGAGACCAACAUGCUGGAGAUCAAGACCAUGGCAGGAUUCAUCAACUACAAGAUCUGCCGCCUGUGUUUCCAGCACAACACUCCUCUGGACGCCAUAGCUCAGUUCAGGAAGCACAUUGACCUGUGUAAGAAGAAGAUCGGCUGUGCUGAGCUGGCCUUCGAGCACUCUGCAUGGAUGUCAAAACAGUUCCAGUCUUUUGGCGAGUUGUUCGAUGAGGCCAUAAAGUUGGGACUGACCGCCAUCCAGACUCAGAACCCGGGUUUCUACUACCAGCAGGCCGCUUGUUACAGCCAGGACAGGAAGCAGAUGGCCCAGCAGUUCUGUCAGGCGGGGACGACCUAUCCUUCCCCAGAUCCCCUCGACACCCAGAGUGGAGGACUGGACUUCUAUGGACAGAGACCUUGGAGACAAGGACACCAGAGUAUUGAUCCAACAGAUCCAGAGAAGGAGAAGCUGGGGAUCCUGGCUCUGCAGAUUAAGGAGAGAGAUGUCCCACACUCUGAGCUGAUAAUAGCACUUCUCAGUAACGCUGUGGCCCAAUUUAAGAAGUACAAGUGCCCUCGAAUGAAGAGUCACCUGAUGGUGCAGAUGGGAGAGGAAUACUACCAUGCUAAAGACUACACCAAAGCCUUAAAGCUGCUGGACUACGUGAUGUGUGACUAUCGCACAGAGCGUUGGUGGCCUCUGCUGACGGCCAUAUUGACCACAGCUCUGCACUGUGCUUAUCUGAUGGCCAGUGUCAAAGACUACGUCAUCUACUGCAUGGAGCUGCUGGGCAGAGCUUCUACCCUGAAAGAGGAGCAGAAAUCCAGGAUAGAGAAGAAUCUCUUUAAAGUUUUAACGAACGACGUUCCAGAGGCUGAGUCUGAAUGUGAUCAAUCUUCAGUUGGUGCUGCCAGGUCACUGUGGACCGACCGCAUGGCUUUGUCUGGAUCCAAUGAGCUGAUGGUGGAAAUGCAGGACUACAUCCCAUUCAUCCAAUGCAAAGCCCGGUUCCAGUCACCCUGCUUCCAUGUGGACCAGCCCAUCCAGCUGCAGGUGUUUCUCAGAGCUGACUGUCCGCACCCUGUGUCAUUCAGCAAGCUCACCGUCAGCCUCAGCAACCAGGAAUACAACCAAUGGUGUGUGGUGGAAUCAUCGGGUCAGGACAGCAUGACGCUGUUACCAGGGAAACCCAGAUGCUACAACUUCAGCUUUGUGGCUAAAACUGAAGAUGUGGGUAAGAAAGUGGAGAUGAUGGGUAUAGAAAUGAUGCUAGGCAGCGACAGUGGCCGCUGUGUGUUCCUGAGCUGGAGAGGCGCCGGCGGAGACGCUGCCUCCACCCAGGAGGCCCUGCAGACCAGCAGAUCAUCACGGCGAUGGGGGCGGGGCAACGAGACACGCCAGGAACUAGACUGGGACAGUUUGACGCUGCAGCACAGCACCAUGAUCAUCUCCAGAGUUCCCAGGAUCUGUGUCCAGCUCAGCCACCAGCCUCCUGCACUCACCAACGAGAUGUUCUGCAUCAGCCUCACCGUCCAAUCACAGGAGAACGUCGUGGCGAAGGAUGUUAAACUCACUGCCGGUCUCAAGCCAGGCCAGGAGGCUGGUUUAGGACAUACCACCCAUGUGACCCUAGACGGGUCCAGUGUGUCUGACGAUAACGCGCCUGCUCUGCUCACCGAUGUGCCUCUGGGAGAUCUGAAACCAGGAGAGAAGCUGGAGAAGUGUGUGUACAUGAGAUGUGUGUCGACCGGACCGAGGAUCUUCUUGUUCCAUGUGGCCUACAGCAUCGAUACUGCGGUGGAAGGACGACAUAUUGUGUGCAAAUGUCAUAAGGAUGAGACGGUGACCGUGGAGACCGUAGUCCCAUUUGAAGUGUCGGUCAAGUUUGUAUCUACAAAGUUCGAGCUGUUAGAUCAGGUAGCAGUAGACAUCCCCUUCCUUUUGAUGACUGACAUCCGCUCGUCUUCACCCUGGCCUCUCCUGCUGAGCUCGUCUUCCCUGCAGCUGCUUACGGUGACCAGCAGCACGCCACCACUCCAGUCCCAGCUGCAGCAAGUGGUUCUGCAGACAGGAGAAAGUGCCAGUGAGUGCUUUUGUCUUCGAUGUCCUGCAGACACCAGCAGCAGCAACACGGUGGCGACAGGACAGUAUGUCGUCUCAUGGAGGAGGAAGUACUCCAGUGCAGACAGCCCUCUCAUCCAGACUACAGUCACUCUCCCUCAUGUCAUCCUGGAGUCUGUCCCUCUUUACAUCUAUGCUGAUCUGCCUUCGUUUGGGCGGGUCAGAGAGUCCCUUCCAGUUCGUUACCAUAUAGAGAACAGGACGGCUCAGGUGAUGGAGGUGGAGAUAGCUGUUGACCCGUCGGAUGCCUUCAUGUUCUCUGGACUCAAACAGGUGCGUCUGCGGGUCCUCCCCGGCACAGAGCAGCAGAUGCUGUAUAAUUACUACCCACUGAUGGCUGGUUACCAGACUCUACCACAGCUCAACAUCAGUCUGCCACGCUGUCCGACGUCCAACAGCCCUGCACUGAGACGCUUCCUGCCUCAACGUAUCUUCGUCAAGCCUCAAGGUCGACAGCCAGACGACGCCUCCAUCGCCGCAGCCUGAGGAGAGAAUGAAACUGUUUACUGUAAAUACCACCAAGCAACAUUGUGUUUGUUCUUUUAGAUGCAUCAUUCCACAGAGACGUCAUGAUGAACACUAUUUGUUACUUGUCAUUCUGUAAAAAAAAUGUCGACCAAACAUUAGGAGGCGGUUGUUUCCAGCGAGUGAAAGUGAUGACAUGAAUUGUGUAAGCAGCAAAAACAUGAGCUGAUGUCGUCUUACCCCAGGGAAUCCUGGAGGAAUCUGGUGUGAUGUGAGCUGUGUGUUGAUUUUGGAAGAUUAAUCCAUGACUUGAAUGUGCUGAAGGAGUGAUUAUACUGAAGUAAUGGAAAACUUGGCGUGUCUUAUUGUUGCAUGUUUGCAGAAUUAAGGCUAUGGUGGGGGAAAUAAAUAUUUAACACAUCCAUGUUUUUAUCAGUAAAUAUAUUUCUGAUUGGCCGUGCUUGGCUCAGGUGUUUUUGAACCACUUUUCCAGAAAAACAAGCUUCAUAUUCUGAAGGUAGGGUUUCUUCUGUGAAUAGCUCUUUCCUUAGAUUUCCGGUUUUACUUCCAGAUAAUCCAUCCAUCCAUUUUCUUUACACCCUUGUCCCUUAUUGGGGUCGGGAGGGUUGGUGGUGCCUAUUUCCAGCUAACAUUCCGGGCGAGGGGCCUUCCAGAUAAUUAUCAGGAAUAUCUCUGGGCCUUUCCAUCCUAACUUUAAAUAUACAAAGUCUGUCAUAUGGCAAAAAGCAUGAUGUUCCACCUCCAAUCUGGAAUUUUCCUACCUAGCAUUCAGUUCAAUUAAAAAAUUUGUAAUUUAUCCCAAACGGAGAUUAAGUGUUGGAACUAAUGUCACUCAAGUGUACUUGAAUGGAUGGUGAAGCAGUGGGAAGGAAGAAUAACCUGUAAAAGUCAAUAUUACCAUUAAUCUGAAGAGACCUCUGACUGAGACAUGCUAACAGCUCAAUUUCCAUGUAGCAGAGACAACAUUCCCCAGCAUCAUGACCUGGAUGACUGCUAGUCCAACUCAUUUGCUUUUGCCACUUUAAAUCUGUCAGGCUGUGCUGUUAGGAAGCCAAGCAGAGUGAUGUUGGGGAUAUGAUCCUUGUCCAGUAUGAACAGUUCUGGUAUUUGAUUUUUGGGGAUGCCAUCGCCUGCUCCCAAUUGUUAAAAUAAGACCUUGUWGCCACAGUUAUGCAUCAUAACUGUCCCAAAGUAAAGGGUAAAAGCAGAAAUCCUUCCAGCAUCCAAAAACAUGUGAAAUAAUUGUCCAAACAUUCAAUAUCUCAACCCACAAUUAUGAGCACAAGUCUAGCUUAAGGAAAAAAAAUCUGAACUAAAGUAAAGUUUCUCCAACAUGCUGCCACUGUGGGUUAUUCUAGGUCAGUUAGAAGCCUGGUGUGUGUUACAGAGAGUUAAACCCUUGUCUCAUCUGACCAGACUAUAUUUCCAGUAUUUAAAUGUCUGAUCUCGCUUUUUGCAGCUUCUGUACUUCAUAUGUUCAAUACGUCUCCCCUGUGUCAUUUCACAGAGUUAUAAAAACUUCAUUUACAGACCCAUUUAUGUGUUGAUCUUGGUGUUUCAAUCACAUCAUCUCUGGAUUUCUUCAAAGCACUAUUGCGACAUUUUUGCCACGUUCAUUUUCUCCCUUGUAUUUUCAAAGUGUAUUUUGAAAUGGCACGAUUAAAGAUAUGCUUAGAAGUUCUCUCUA